AAAACAAAAAAGGAUAAGGGCAGGUGAACGAUAAUUGGCGGAUUCGAAAUUAGCCAAGAACAAACGUUGACGAAGAAGAUGUUACUCUCUAAAACUUUCAAUAUGAUGUUCCUAAACUCAUUUCCCCCAAAACUUCCGAAUUCGUCUCUGGAAACAAAAUUUCUGAGAAAUUCAACCAUGGCGAUCUAAGUUACAACUUCCUCAAGUGUUCGUCAGUUUUUGAUGAACCGAUCUGCGCCUCAGCUUUGUCGUUCACCUCGAUAAAGGUCGACCGAAACCGCCUGAGUAAUGGGUUUUCCAGCUCAGAUCUCUCCUUUUCCCUUCAGCAAUUUUCCCAAGCGUGCAAGCUAAUUCUUCUCCUAUCAAUAACUCAACUAAAAUCGCAUUUUCAUUUGCCUCUCUCUUCUGCUGGUGGUGACCUAAGUGUCUCGAUUACUUCUGAAUUCUAUUUCCUACUUCUUGCUCUCUGAUUAGGGAUGUCACAAGCAUAAACUAGAAAAAGAAAGAAGAAAAAUGAUGGGAAAUAAUUCUAGGAACAAGUUGGAAAAUGAUGAAUCAUCUGGCUCACCUUUACAGAUCAACCUAAACCCAGCUUACAAAGAGCACUUGACCUCGUACCAAAGAGCUUGUAGUGAAGACCCAACGCUCCAAUCUUUUGACUCGGCGCUUCGGGAACGAACUAACCGAGUCAUCAACAAGCUUGUAUCAGACGUAGAGUUGGAAUCUUUGUCGUUUGAUUCGCUCAGAGAAGUGAUACAAUGUCUAUUUAAUAUGAAUCAGGACGUGCUCAAAGUUAUAUUGCACUACAAAGAGGAUAUAUGGAAGGAUCAAGACUUGUAUUCUUUUGUGAAUAUGUAUUUGCAAAGCAUUGAAACGACUCAGAGUUUCUGCUCCGAGCUCGGGAAUUGUCUCAACUGCGCGAGGCAAAGGCAGGAGAUUAUUCAGUUUGCUGUUGAGCAGUUUGAGGAGAUACCACUGAAUCGGAAUAACGUGAAGGAGAAGUACGAGAAGACGCUUGGGGAGCUUAAGAGGUUUAAAUCAGCAAGGGAUCCGUUUGCGGAAGGAUUCUUUUAUUAUUUCAGUUCCAUAACCCGACGUCAUAUUAUGAUGCUUGAGGAACUUCAUACGCUGAAGAAAAAUCUCGUUAAGAAUAUCAAAUUAUGGCGAAUAGUAUCCAACAUGGUGUUUGUGACUGGGUUUAUCGCUGUGCUUAUCUUCCGGGCUGUGGCUGCACCGCCGGUUGUGGCUGCUAUUGCUGAUGCAUUGGCUGUUCCUGUGGGGUCUGCUGGGGAAUGGUGCAACUCUCUGUGGACGAAAUUUGAGAACGUGGUUAGAGGGCAGAAGCAGAUUACUACAUGGAGUUGGGUUGAGGCUUGUUAUAUAUCGGUUAAAGAGAUGGAUAACAUAAGUGUUCUUUUGAGUAAAUUGGAAGUAGAGAUUGAAUAUUUGUUGAAGAAAGCUGAGUUUUCUGUUACCAAGCAGAAAGUGGUGAGGCUUGCAAUAGAUGAGAUUGAGGAAGGGGUCAUUGUGUUUACUGAAACCAUUGAAGAAUUCAGGGUACGUGCGGAUAAGUAUUGUAGGAAUAUGACAACAGCGAGAGCGGUGAUUCUGCAUAUGAGUAUCGGAAUCGGAUACCCGUCUGGUUCAGCGAAAGAAGAAGGUACCAGUGGUAUGGUCGACUUUAUCUGGGAUAUAAAUCCAAACGAAACUGAAGCAAAUUCAAGCAGAGAUGACGAUGUGAAUCCCAGAAAGGAUGACAAUUUCAUUGACUAUGAAGGAAACUGUUUUGUGGCCUUUAAUUUACAGAAGAAUUAUGUUGAGAACAAGAGAGCUGAACCAGUCGUUGGUGAAAAGAAGCAAGAAAAUGUAACUGAAAGCUCUACCAUGGCGAAGCCCUUGCCAGAGCAUAAAAUGUUCAUCAAUUUCUGGGGAGACGACCUGCGUCAUGGCUUUGUUGGGGACCUCGUCAAGGCCUUGAAAAAGGAUGGAGUCUAUAUAGAUGUAGAUGAGUUGCCGCGUGGAGAUCUUACAGAACUUCUUGUGAAUGGGAUUAAGGAGUCGAGGAUCGCACUCGUAAUCUUCUCAAGCGGGUACGCAGAAUCAAGUUGGUGCUUAAACGAGCUGCUGAAGAUCAAAGAACUUAUGGAAAGAGGGAAACUACUAGUCAUUCCAAUCUUCUACAAAGUGGAGCUAUGGGAGGUUACACAACUAAAGGGUGAUUUCGGGGUUAAAUUUUGGAAUUUGUGGCGUAUUAAUCGGGAUAGCCAUAUCGUUAGCUGGAAGGAAGCUUUGGAGUCUGUUGCGUCCAUGGAGGGGAUCUAUUUGAAGGAGCACAGUUCUGAGACUGAGUUCAUCACUUUUGCCGUCAAUGAAGUCCUAAAGAGAGUUUCUCUGUGGGAAGGAGAAAAUCCAUCUCUCUUUCCUUCGACAGAGAGAGGAAAAAGUACUGGAUUGCCCCUAGGGACAGGUGAAAAGCAUAAAACUUAUCAGAACAAACAGCACCUCUUUGGAAUGGAACAUCACAUGGAGCAAUUGGAGAAGAAGUUAGAGUUUGACUGCAACGAAACUCGCAUUAUUGGAGUUGUUGGAAUGCCUGGUAUUGGUAAAACCACUCUCGCAGUGAUGCUGCACGAGAAGUGGAACAGCCAGUUUAUACGCUGUGUGCCUCUUCUAAAUAUCCGUAAGAAGUCAAACGACUAUGGACCAGUGUGGCUGCGAAAGACUCUUCUGGAAGUUUUACUAGAGGGAAAGUUUCCAUUGAUAAGUGACAAGACAACGCAUGAAUCUGUGAAGGAUAUAUUGCUUCAUACUAAAGUUUUUGUUGUUCUUGAUGACUUGAGUGACAAGAAACAAUUAGAGUUUCUUCUCGGCAACCUUGGUUGGAUUAAGAAGGGAAGCAAGAUUGUUAUUUCAACAUGUGACAAGUCAUUGCUUGAUGGAUGUGCUCAUGAUACUUAUGUAGUACCGGUAUUGAAUGAUAGAGAGGCCUUAUCAGCUCUUUCAGAUACUAAUGAAAAACUGGUUGUGUUCAGAAACAACUGCCGUAAGUUAAGAGAAGUCGUAUAGGAGAAGUACUAAUUCUGCAAUCCCGAAGAUAAGAAAAAAAAGGAAACGAGAAUAGAGUUUCUGUACAUCAAGUCAAAGGUGCAACACUUCUUCUCUUUCAAAAUUUUACAUGGUUUCUCUUGAAAUCUAGGAACUCUCAAACCAUGAAUCUUCAACCUAGGGACCCCAAACAAUCCAACUAGACCAUUCUAAAGUCUAAACACAUGACGCAUCGCUUAUUUUAUUUGGAUCUUUGACUAACUUGUGGAUGUUUGAUGUUGCAUGAUAAAGCCUCCUUUAUCCUGAUUCUAACAUUCUUUUGUGAUACAGCAGAAGCAGUACUCUUGCAAACAUAUCAAAGGAGCAAGAAAAGUAAAAAAAAAAAACACCAACAAGGAGUUGGCCAAGCUAAAACUCUUGGAUCACCUAGUAGUGGGGUCUAAGGGCCAUAGUGUCGAUUCCCAUUGGGAGGGAUCUACUUUCCUAAUGAGAGUAAUUUAACAUGGACCUCAGCCAACACGAUAAUGUGCACACAGUAGUUCGCUGACCAGAUACUUCAUUGGUCAGUUUUUUCUACCAUGUCUAUAUUGUAGCAGAGGAGCAUAGCAGAAUUUAACAUUCACUAUACG